AUGUAUAAACGUGUGGAGAAACGGCUCAAGAAACACCAAAAAGAGGAGGAAUUAGGGUUGAAUGAUGAGAUGAAAGAGGUUCUCGGUAUGCACGACACAGACUCAGAUGAAUCGUCGUCGGGAGAGUCACACGGUGGAGACAGCGACGGUGAUGACUUCGCUGAGGAUACAGAGGGUAUUGCGGACGGACACGAGGACGAGGAUGAUUUGGAGGGUGAACAGGACACGGACGAUGAUCUGGAGGAAGACGACGAGCCGCCCAUGUCUAUUGCUAAGGCCGUCGUUGAUCCUAUUUACACCAUCUCCCUCGAGCCUAAGGUGCAGGCGUGUCUCGUGUGUCCGGGGAAGUUGCUGAAGAAUAGAGCCAUGACUGAGAUCCAUAGAAAAUCACACACGCAUAUUCGGCGCCACAGUCGUUUCAUCGCCAAAGCUGGCAAAGCAGACUCUGCGGAUGACCCACGAAGUCUGCUACACGCCUCAGUGCAAGCAAACGGAAAUGGGCCAGAAGGGGAACUCUCAAGACGCGCUCAGAAACGGAAACUCAAACAGAGUGUCAUCAGAGCGAAGCGUGAAAAGCAAAAAGUGAUGCGUGCGAAGGCGAAGGCACACAAGGACAAGAAGGCUGCAUCGGCAGCAACUAUACCCCGGGAGUCUACUUCCCCCAAGCCUCAGAAGAAGAAACGGAAAACAGAGGGCGGCGCCGUCACGCAGGACAUUUUGCACAUCCAGCCUACAGUGCAGCCGAAAGUCAAGACGCAGAUCACAGUACAGAAGAUAUCACGAGAGAUGCAGCCAGUGGCGAAGGCUCCGCCCGGGAAAAGGGGCACAGAGAGAAACGACAUCUCCAACUCCCCAUCCAAGCGGAGAGAGGAUGGAAAGCAGUACGAGAAGUCGCGGAAUAAGACGGUGGGUGUGAAACGAAAAAGGCCUCGCAGUGAUGUUUGA